UGACGUCAUCGGCAUUUUCAAGAUGGCUGCAGUUCAGGGCCGAAGCAGAGAGAGAGCUAGCGAGCAAAACUACCGGGUUUAAACCUGGAAAGUGUUGGUUUAUUCGAGUGGCAUCGGUUUUUUUUAAUCAGUAAUCGUUUACCUCUCAGAGACACCACACGGUUCACGUUUCAGCAUCCAGGCGAAAGAUUUUCCCGACAUGUUAAGCGAGGAGGAAGUGCUAACUGUGGAGGCACUGCAGCUUUAGGUCGGUACUGUGGUUAUGGAGCCGAGUGAAGACUUGGAUCGUGAGCAGGAACCGAGCCGAGAACUGGAAGUGGAUCAGAGAUGGUGUGAUUAGACAUAUUUGGGUUAGAAAGCUAGGCGUUUGUUCAGCUGAUGUGAGCGCGGAAAGGCCCAGCUCCACCGCCGUGUCGGUCUGCGGAUAAAAGUGGAUAAAAAGCCGAGGCGUCUCGGAGAUCCGUGACACCGCACAGGGACUGGGGUCGCUCCGCCGCCGUUGGGAUCCGCUCCCGGUCAUGCCGCCAUUGACGGACACGACACAGAGUCACAGACGGAGCUGAUGGUCGCGUCAGCCGAAGGCAGACCAACACCCUCCGCCGCUCAUGUUAAGGAUAACAAAUUGGAAAUGGACGGACCGGACCCACAGGAGGACAACUUCCGGCACGGCGACGGAAACGACAGACGCCCGACGCGCGAGGAGAGCGCCCAGGACCGCACGGUACCGCUUUACACCGGUACAGCCAAUCCGCAUGCCGCAAUCAAGCUCCCGAACGGUCACGUGAGCUGCGGGUGCGAUGCCCGUGACUCGUUUCAGAACUGCUCAUGCCCCGCGUCGGGGGAGCUGCUGGCUAACGGUGCCUUGGUCUCGGAUGCUGAUGCUGCGUCCUCAUCUGCACCGUCUACCAGCUCCGCUUCAAGACCUCAGUCGGGUCACGUGAGCCCUGGUGAUGAUGUUGAUGAAGAUCAGCCUGGCGCUUUGAGGUCAGGUCGAAGGUCAUCAUCGUCCAGUUCGGAGGCCGUCAAUCGGACCAGGGAUUCGGAAACUGCUUCUAAUGACUGCAUAUCAGAAGCUGAGCCGUGCUCCUCCCAGACUCUCUCGAGCCCUGACGACAGCGAGUCUUCCCCAAACCCCGCUUUCGUGGACGUGAACCUGAGCUCGAGGAACACGUAUGAAAUCAGUCGGCGCCAGAGUGCCCCAGACAACGUGGUCGACGUUGCCGAGCCGGCCCUAAGACAGAAGAAACACGUCAUCUCUGAGAUCUUUGGCAGACGAACACUUCUUGCUUGUGUGUUUGUCAGGGGCCUGUUCUCCAGAAAGCAGAAAGAGUCUACAAGUGCUCCUGGCUGGAAGCUGUUUGGGAAGGUCCCACUGAGAGAAAGCCCUCCCAAAGACUGCAAAACCAUCCAACAGGAGAAUAACCCAGGCAGUCUCACGUCAGUUUCAACUCCCAAUCUCUUAAGCACAGGGGAAUAUGAGGCUAAAGCUGCUAACAGCCCAUCCCAGCCCAGUCAAGGGCGACGUAAGAAUCUGGAAUUUGAGCCACUGUCCACCACAGCACUCAUAUUAGAAGACCGGCCAGCUAACCUUCCUGCCAAACCCGAGGAGGAAGCUCAGCGCCACCGGCAGGAAUAUGAUGAAAUGGUGGCUGAGGCCAAGAAGAGAGAAAUGAAGGAGGCCCAGAAGAAGAAGCAGCAGAUGAAGGAGCGCUUCAAGCAGGAGGACAGCAUCGUUAAUGCCAUGGUGGUGUGGAACACUGAGGUCCUGCCCAACUGGGACAGCAUGCGUGGCACACGCAGGGUUAAAGAUCUGUGGUGGCAAGGGCUUCCGCCCAAUGUCCGCGGCAAAGUGUGGAGCCUAGCCAUCGGCAACGAGCUCAACAUCACCCCAGAGCUGUACGAGAUCUUUCUCUCCCGGGCUAAGGAGCGCUGGAAGAGCUUCAGAGAGACAGGCAGCGAGGUCGAGGCAGAGGAGAGCGGGGCAUCACUAGCAGAUCGGGAAUCCAGCCUGGAUCUGAUCAAACUCGACAUUUCUCGCACCUUCCCCUCGCUCUUCAUCUUUCAGAAGGGAGGGCCGUACCAUGAUCUGCUGCACAGCGUACUCGGAGCGUACACCUGCUACCGGCCCGAUGUGGGAUAUGUGCAGGGAAUGUCAUUUAUCGCCGCCGUGUUGAUCCUGAACCUGGAUGAGGCCGACGCCUUCAUCGCCUUCGCCAACCUCCUGAAUAAACCCUGUCAGAUGGCUUUUUUCAGAGUGGACCAUGAACUGAUGCUGAAGUACUUUGCGGCGUUCGAGGUGUUCUUUGAGGAAAAUCUUCCCAGGUUGUUCAGUCACUUUCAAAGCUCCAACCUCACUCCAGACCUCUACUUGAUAGACUGGAUUUUUACACUCUACAGCAAGUCCCUACCGUUAGACGUCGCCUGCCGCGUAUGGGACGUGUUCUGCCGAGACGGAGAAGAGUUCCUGUUCCGCACGGCUCUGGGGAUCCUGCGCUUGUACGAGGACGUGCUCCUCCACAUGGACUUCAUCCACAUGGCUCAGUUCCUUACGCGCCUGCCCGAGCAAGUCCCCACGGAGCGCCUCUUCAGCGCCAUCCUCAACACUCACAUGACCAGCAGCAACCGCAAAUGGUCCCAGGUCUUCAGUGCACUAAUGAAGGACAAAGAAUCGGACAAAAGUGGCAGCCCUACCCUGAAAAGCUCCUGACGCCUCUCAUCCUCAUGCUACACCUUCAGUCUUUUGUCCUUUGUGUUGUCUUUUCCGUCUGAGGUUGUAAUAAGCAGAAGGUCAAGGAGUCGGCGUGAAGGCUGAAGUAGAACCGGUUCUCAUAGAAACGACCUGCAGUAUUACAGACAUGGCUAGCGAUUAGAUGUAGGAAUAAAUGUAGAAGUCUGUGGGAAAAGAAAAGCUUGUGUGUUUUCCCAUACAAGACACACACAGUUCCUCCUGAAGAAAAAAUAUUCCACCACCAGCAAAUUGAUUUGAUCCGAAAACAUUCUUUUUUUAGUUUUUCCACAUGGACCAACAGGAACGGCGAUUUUCCCGUGUCGCGCACUAUAUCGCCGCUUUCUUCCUCCACCAGUUCACGUGUUGCACUUAAAGCUGUGAUGUUGAUGAAGGAUAUUCUUAACACUACUCUUAAACCGAGCAUCAGGACUAGGAGGAGGCUGUACUUGUUAAAAAAAAAAAGGAGUAUUGUGACUAAAAUGUCUAUGAUGUGCAAUGAAGGUUCGAAAAGCAGUGAAUAAAAAGCUUUGCAUGCUGGUCGCAAUCAGCUUUUCAUUCCACAAGCCUGGGAUAUGGGACAAGUUUUUCUCUCCAAAAAAAAAAAAAAAACCGAGGACACUAAAUUAUCAAAACGCCUGUACGCUCAGAUGAAAUUGUCUUUUCUUAAUAUAAACAUUGUCCAUUUUUGUCUGUUUUAAUAUUCGACCAAAUGUAUCCGCUCUGUCUGCAGUGUGCUUCGUCUCUCGGGGUGGGAGGGGGGGGGUGGAGGCUUUGAAUGUUAUGCUCUGCGUCUCGGAUUUAUGAUUUUAAGAAAAAAAAUCUGUGCUGUGUGUUUGUUUUAAUUCCGACUUUGUUUUCUACUCACUCCCUGCUAUUGUACAGUUUUCAUACUGCGUAAUGAGCAGAAUUGUAAAUACGUGAUGAAGUGGACACCACUAAAAGUAGAGCACAUGUAAAUAAAGCCGAGAAUGGAAACGUGA